AUGUCCCCUCAGACCAGUCAACCUGCGAUCACGGUACAGAUAAGAAAAUCGAUUAGUUGGUCUUUGUACGUAUGUAUGUUUCUCACCGUGCAAGAUCUGAUUUUAGUAAUUGUCAUGGACACCUUAAAUCGGGCAAUAUAUUCGUCAGUGGCCCCGUUUACCGAGAGAGACCCUAAUCAGCGACAACUAGCCCGUAAACAACAUGGAGAAUUCGGUAUACCAAGCCCGCGUUCAAUCAUCUCGAUACGGCUGAAAGCUUUUGUAGAAGAGUUGCUACUGGACAAUGUGAUUGAUGAUCUGCAGUUGGCAGGUUUUCCGGGAUCUCAGCCUUCCAAUUUGGGUCCAGUCAAUCGUUCAGCUGUAAACCGUUUGGGGUGCACAGCGUCCGAAUUAAUUCAGCAGCAGACUUCUGAAGAUUUUCUAAGCACUAGGACGCUCAUCUGUGUGUCAAUCACAGAGACAGCUCCAAGUGAUUGGUAA